AUGCCACGGCGGUCAUCAAUCGACCCUACAUCACCCGAGAGUAUGGGAUUGCCUGAAACUGACCCGAUCCCAAUUGUUACGCGCGGCGACAAGAAAGGCAAACGACCAGCAGACGCACCCCCGCCCUGCCCAUCACCAAGAAAACGACCAAACUCUUUGAGAAGGAAAUCUAGAAAACCCUCGGGCGCUGGACCAUCAAGAGGCCAUGGCGAAGGAGGGGACGGCCAAGAGGACGAGGAUGACGGUGAUGACAGCGAGGGCCCGGGCGAUGAUCCUACCGCAAGCCUGGGCGGCGACGCUCGCUUCUGGGCGUGCCCCUUCUAUAAGUGGAAGCCGUAUCUGUAUUACCGAUGUCACGGUAAAUACGAGCUCCGCCGCCCGGGAGACGUGAAGCUUCACAUGCUCAGAUGCCACUCCCUGCAACAGUACUACUGCGAGAAUUGCUGGGAGGAAUGGAGGGACUACCAAUCAUGGGAAGCCCACCACCGGCCGCCGAGGCGUUGCAUCACCAUGCCAAGGCCAGAUGAGCUGGACCCAAGGGAAGCUGCGCUUCUCAGGACAAUGCCUCGCGGUCUCAAGGAAUUGGAUAAAUGGUACUGGAUGUGGGACACCCUUUUCGUCGGCCACCAGCCUCCUGACUCGCCUUAUGUGGUGGAGGGUAUUGGCGAGCCUGCGACUGUGAUUGCCCGCGACAUUCAGCUGGCACUCGACGGGGGGCUUUCGCGAGUCAUUCAGGAAACCCUCUCAAUUUCCAUGAGUUCUUCUCAGGCGGCCUUGGUCGCAGGCCGGAUUUUCUCCUUGGUGUCGACCGCGCCUCAAAACGAGCCCCAGGGUCCAAGGACGUUGGCAGGUUCUGAGGACGUUGAUGUCCAGGAGAGGAUCCCAAGCGCAAGAUCGUAUGCCUCUGCGAACUGCUCGACUCGUAGGUUGGGAAACAUGGCGACACCGCUCCAGUACUUGGAGUAUCACGCUCAAGAUCAGGUCGAGUAUGAGCAUGAUGCCGGCCCCAGCAAUCCGCAACACUUCCACGACGUCCCGCAAGUCACCGUCGACGCUCCGACGGAGCCUGUAGAGGAUUUCAGCACCUAUGAAUCCUCACAAGCUGGAAGCUAUGAUGUCCAUGAACGGUACUAUCUAAACUCUUUGGGGCUCGAGGAUAUGAGCUUUGCAACUUCGCCGGUCUCGAACCAAGGCACAAUUUUUCCAGAGAGGUUUGAUGGUGGCGCGGGAUCUGAUGUGGGUGAAAGCUUGAUGCAGAGGAUGGAUAUGAGGCCUCCUGCCGGGCAUGGAGAUUCGCCUUUCGGAUCCUGGCAGAAUGAAGCGCGAGAUGCCCUGGGCGAUGGUUUAUGA